UGUAUCUUCUUUACCAAAAAUGCUUUUUCCUUAUGAUAGUUUUGCUCUUUUAAUUCGUAUUUGUGGAUUAGGUUUAUAUUUAUACUUAUUUCCAGCUUUGUUAAAGGAAAUUGCAUAUAUCUUAUCUUUAUUUAUGCCAUCACUUCUUUUACAAAUAUCACAUCUCUCCGGAUAUUAUUUAUUUCUUGCUACCACAAUUUGUGUGUUAGAUGUUCAGGAUAAGGUGAUAAAUUCCGUUACCUUAUCUAGAGCUCUUCAGGUUUACAGAUUACGUAAAAAAGAACGAGGAAUUAUUGAAUAUAUAAAUAAUUAUAUUGACAAGAGCAAAGUUUCUAAUAUUCCAAUUACCCCAUUUUGCCUUUGCCAAACCUCUGGAUCAAAGGUUAAUAAUAAUAGUGGUUGGUGUGAAUCUUGCGGAUUAGGUCUGGUGCCUGGUGUCAUGCUUCCCCCUUGGACUAGUGGGCAUCCAGAAAUUAAUAGGAUUAUCUUUCGUACUCAAAUUGAAUCUAAUCAUAUUUUUGAUCAUAUCGAAUGGAUUAAUUAUGAUAGGUUUACAAAUGUUAAAAAAAUUUGUAAAGGUUCACGAGGUGAUGUUUUUUCUGCUUCUUGGAUAGAUGGAUCUAUGUAUUUAUAUGGAAUGGCAAGAAAUGGCGAACAAAACGUGAUCAUUAAAAGCCUUGGAAAAUCUUCCGUUAAUGUGACUCCCGAGUUUCUUCGUUCUAUUCAAUGUUACGGCCUGACUCGAAACCCAAAUACUCAAGAAUAUAUGUUGGUUACCGAUUAUAUUAAAGGAGGAGAUUUACGAAAUUAUCUUUCUAAAAACUUUAAAAAUAUGAAAUGGCUUGAUGAUAAAUUAAAAAUUCUUAUUUCAAUCACUAAAGGAUUAAAAUUAAUUCAUGAAUUAGGGUUUGUUCAUCAUGAUUUACAUUUAGGAAAUGUGUUAAUUGGAGAUGAUGGUUCGGCAUUUAUUUCAGAUCUUGGAUUAUAUCCCUUUAUAACUUUAUCUGAUCAAGGCUCAAAAAAUUCAAGUAAUGAAACAACUUUGAAAGGUGAAUUUAAAAAGCUUGAUGAAAUGAUAAAAAGUGAUGUUGAAGAGAAACCUACGAUAUUUGAGAGUGAGGAUGUUGUUUAUUAUAGUCAAUUUAUCGAUUUGGAUGCCAUUUCAAAAGAAGAAACAUUUGAAGUUUUGGAUGACGAUGACUUAUAUUCAGCAAAACCUUAUAAUAUUGAAAUCCCAUCGGAUGUUUCAACAAAUUAA